UAAAGAAACUCAGAGAAACAAGCCAACAGCAGAAAGAAAACAUCUAUAAUCAAGCGGAGAUUGUUUCUACUGAAGUGAGGAGGAUACAAAGUUGCAACAGAGAAACUUUCCCAAAGUAGAAGAUCAAAACUUACUUUGACCCUCCAAUAUGUGGGUCCAGGUGUUUCUCUUGUGUAUUUCCUGCUUUACCCUGUCCACCUUAAGCCAGACCCAAGACCGAGCCUCCCUCCAUCGCUCCAAUGAUCGAGCCGGGCACUGCCAAUACACCUUCACCGUGGCCAGCCCAGAAGAGUCCAGCUGCUCCGGAAACAACAUGAAACCAGAAGUGGACGGAGUUUUGUCCCGACUAACCCUGCUGGAGGCUCUGGUCAGCCGCCUGAUAGCAGGAGAGGACGGAGGUGCAGGAACAGCGGUCGGAGCAACUGAAGAGGGUCUUCAGGAAGCUUUCACACAGGUUACAGGGGAAAGAAACCAGCUGCAACAGGACAAGGAACAGUUGAAUAGGCAGAUCCAGGGGCUGCAGAGGAGACUUGAGGAGCUGAGUGCAGAAGCUGAGAGUCUGAGGCACAAACCCUGCCAGCAGACACACAGACCUGCAAGUGACCCUGCGUAUGAUAUUGGGAAUGGUGCCUACCAAGAGAUGAAGGCUGAGGUAGCAGAAGUUCCAGCAUCCCAUCUCUUUCCUGAGGGCAACUUCACAGGUUGUGGCGAGCUGCAGUCAGUGGGAGACCCUGUGAUGCACAAGAAGGCUGAUAGCAUCACAGGGAAGUACGGAGUGUGGCUGCAGGAUCCCGAGCCACUGGGUGAUCUCUACACCAACAAGACAGCUUGGCGUAUCAACGCAGUGGGCAAAGACGUCCGUCAGCUCUUUGCAUAUGAGGACAUGGAUCAGUUCUCCCAAGGUUUUCCAAUGAAGGUCCUGGUCCUGCCUGAGCCUGUGGAGAGUACAGGGGCAACCAUGUACCGCGGCUCCCUCUACUACCAGCGCAGGCGCAGCCGUACUCUGAUCCGUUACGAUCUGGCCUCCGAGAAACUGGCGUCACGCUCAGACCUGCCUCAUGCCGGCUUCCAUGGUCAGUACCCGUAUUCCUGGGGCGGCUACACAGACAUCGACCUGGCAGUGGAUGAGCAAGGCUUGUGGGCGAUCUACAGUAACAACAAGGCAAAGGGUGCAAUUGUGAUUUCCCAGCUGGACCCCGAGAGCCUUGAGGUAAAGAGAAGCUGGGAGACUAACAUCAGGAAGAACACAGUGGCAAACGCUUUCAUGGUAUGUGGUCGUCUGUACACAGUGGCCAGCUACACAGCACCCAACACCACCAUCAACUAUGUGUUUGACACAGCUACAGGAGAGGGGCGAGCUGUAGCCGUCCCCUUCAAGAACAAGUACCGGUACAACAGCAUGGUAGACUAUAACCACGCCCAGAGGAAGCUGCACGCCUGGGACAACUUCCACAUGGUUACCUAUGACAUCAGACUUGGACGGGCCAAUCAGGGCAGAAGCUAAAGGGGACUACGACAGAGAGAUAAUGCUGUUAAAAAGGACUGUGAAUAAGACGUAUAAUCAUUUGCAUUACACUGAGAUUAUCUUUAAAUUCUAUUUUUCUAUUACUAUCAUAAAUAAAAAUAU